GGAGCCCCAGAGGUCCAUUAUCUUUUCUUUUUAAAAUCUACCUCUAUAUAAAAUAUAUCUGUAUAGGUGGUAUCUACUCAGUUGGGAGUGUAUUCGUCGGUAUCCAACAGUUCAGCUACAGAUUCCAAGUUUCACGUUAAACAAUCUUGACUGCCCUGUCUUCUAACACGAUAUAUCUACUUCUCCUUCCUACCAAUCUUUACAUCUGAUCCGGCGGCAAGAUGUCGGACACCCCUGAAGGUAUUGUUGAACAUGCCUACGACAAUAUUACCGAAUGGUACCUGCAGUGGGUGAAGAGCCAGAAAUCACCGCGAGAAAGAUAUACCCAGAUGCUCCUCGACAAGCUGCAACCGUCACCCUCUAUUCUAGAGCUUGGUUGCGGUCCCGGAGUUCCUAUUUUGAAAAUGCUUCUCGACCAAGGCGCUCAAGUGGUUGCCAAUGACAUCUCAACCAAGCAGAUUGAGAUGGCUAAGGCCCGUUGCCCGGGGGCUAAGCUGGUUGCAGGCAGCAUGACUUCCCUUACUUUUGAGCCUGCGAGCUUCCAUGGUAUAAUUAGCUUUUAUGCGUUAUUCCACCUCCCACGGUCGCAGCUUAAAGCUAUGCUCACCUCGAUCUAUGAUUGGUUGAAGCCCGGAGGUGUCUUCGUUUUGAAUUUGGCGACUGUCGACGAAGAAGAAAUCCAUGGCGAAUUCCUAGGACAUGGAAUGUUCUGGAGUAGCUAUGAUGUGGAUGAGAAUCGAGCAAUGUUAACAGAAGUCGGAUUUGAGGUCUUGCAGGUGGAAGUAUUACACGCAAACGAUGGGACGUUGGAGGAGGGAGAUCCAGACUAUGAUUCCGAGUUUAUGUGGGUAAUGGCACGAAAGAAAGAAUCUCCUGACGACCCAAGCGGUGGACAAGGAGUGUGACGGUGCUCUCUGUAUCUGUUCUGUCACUAAUUUGCAGGUUGGGGGGAUGCAAACACAUGUAGUCGAACUUAUCUCCAGACAACAUCUGAUGAUUCCUCUAGCCAUUAAGCUCAGUGUAGCCAUUCGUAGUUGCCUGCAUGGCCUCCCCAACGGCGUAGCCUAGGCCUUCAGUCUCAACACGUUCUAGAUAAGCUUUAUAGC